AUGGCCGCAAGAGUCCGGGCGGAUCGUGCAGUGUUCGCCAACUGUCGUUUUGAGGGCUACCAAGACACUCUAUACGUCCAAGCCCACAAACAGUUCUACAGGAGCUGCAUCGUUAGUGGCACAAUUGACUUCAUCUUUGGUGAUGCAGCUGUGGUGUUCCAGAACUGCAUCAUGGUUGUGAGGAAGCCAAAUGACAACCAGCAGAACAUGGUGACAACACAAGGGAGAGAGGACAAGCAACAAGCCACUGGAAUUGUGCUCCAGAAGUGCACAAUCAAACCCGAUGACAAACCGGUCCCGGUAAAGGACAAGAUCAGGAGCUACCUUGGAAGGCCAUGGAAGGAGUUCUCAAGAACCAUUGUGAUGGAAUCGAAAUAG